GCCCCGUGGUUUGACGAGCCAGCGGAAGUUACUGAAGUUAUCAUUACUGUGGAAGGGCAGAACGUUUCUUUUACGUGCACGGCCCAGGGAUUUCCACUUCAUGUUGAAUGGAAGCUUCAGAAGGAUGGCGAGGACUUCGUACGGUCCUGCAUAAGUGAGAUCAUAUGUUUGAUAAAAUUAUAGAAAUUUAUGUAGUUGUACAUUUUCUUUGGGUAAAGCUUAAUUAACUGCAAAGAAAUAAAAAUCGACACCAACAGGGGCAAACAACGACGCAAAUAGGUGGUGAAGAGCUAGACUCUUAUUAGGUGUUUAUAUUGAGCACGAUAUUUGUAUCAUUCACCACAUAACGAUCUUUCUUGUUAAAGCACUUGCACAAUGCCUAGAGAACUAUUUGUUUUAAGAAAAAAUGGGAAAUGAACAUUCGACAACCAAAUUAAACCCAAUGCUUUCAGCACUUUGAAAAAUUCAUGUGGGCUUCAAAAUGUUGUUUGUUAAAAUUGUGGGAGUGUACUUUUUGUGUAUUGCAAAUUGAGCUUUCACUUUGUUUCCUUUUCCUUUAAGAUGGCUCAGAUGGAAAAUACCAUGUUCAUCGCAGCGGAAUUUACGAUCCUUCUGUGUUGACUGUAUCUGAUGUGCGGUACACUGAUGUUGGAUCUUACUUCUGUUGCCAUCCGUCUAACUGCUCGGGCAAUAUCCAAGAUAACUGCCAACACUUUGUUCUCCAA